GUUAGGGUUUCGAGACAAGCGGUCGAGAGAGACAGACAUUUGAGCUGAGCAGCGGCGGCAGAGAGGCGCAAGGAUGGUGAAGUUUCUCAAACCAGGCAAGGCGGUGAUCCUUCUACAGGGCCGGUACGCCGGUCGCAAGGCGGUGAUCGUGAAGUGCUUCGACGACGGUCCCCAGGGACGCUCCUACGGCCGGUGCCUCGUGGCCGGCAUAGCCAAGUAUCCGGCGAAGAUCAUCAGGAAGGACUCUGAGAAGAAGCGCGCGAAGAAGUCUCGCGUCAAGGUGUUCGUGAAGAUGGUCAAUUACAAGCACAUCAUGCCCACCCGUUACACGCUCGACGUGGAUCUCAAGGAGGUCGUCACCCCCGAUUGCCUCCAGACUCGCGACAAAAAGGUCACCGCUGCUAAGGAGGCGAAGGCCCGAUUCGAGGAGAGGUUCAAGAGCGGGAAAAACCGCUGGUUCUUCACCAAGCUCAGGUUCUGAGCUGAAAUGGUGGUAGUUCUGGGCUCGAUUCUAGGUAAACCUGUUUUUUUCUUUAUAAAUCUGUUGGAAAUCUGAGAUUCCUACUGUUAGUACUGGAUUUGCAUUUUGUNACAAGCACAUCAUGCCCACCCGUUACACGCUCGACGUGGAUCUCAAGGAGGUCGUCACCCCCGAUUGCCUCCAGACUCGCGACAAAAAGGUCACCGCUGCUAAGGAGGCGAAGGCCCGAUUCGAGGAGAGGUUCAAGAGCGGGAAAAACCGCUGGUUCUUCACCAAGCUCAGGUUCUGAGCUGAAAUGGUGGUAGUUCUGGGCUCGAUUCUAGGUAAACCUGUUUUUUUCUUUAUAAAUCUGUUGGAAAUCUGAGAUUCCUACUGUUAGUACUGGAUUUGCAUUUUGUCAAACUUAUUUAUUGUUACUCAAUUUACAACAUUUCAGGAUCUAAUUUUGUGUUUUUCCUUGAAUGAAUGCUUCUUGUUUAU